UACUCCGCUUUGAACGAAAUGCAACACUUGCGCGGUUUUCGCGGUGUGAUACUUGUGAGUAAAAACGACCAAAAAAUCUUGGGUUACGCUGUUGCACUGGAAACACAUCUGACGAGCGGACGUGAACUCAAAAUUGGGCCACUCUACGCGCUAAAUUUGCCUAUGGCAGUACGCAUACUCAACGAAAUUUGCCGCACAGUGAAGCCGGAUAAAAUUAUUUCGCUAUAUGUAUUGGAUGCGGGAAGCAAUCAGAUGGUACGAUUUUUAGAAGAACGAGCAUUAUUCGAGGUCCAGAGGCAGUAUAAUCGAUUUUUCACUGCGGAUGCGACAAAAUUUCGUGGACAUCUAAAUAAUGUUUUUGCGAUAUCCGCGCAAUUAUUACUGCCGGAUUGCUAG